CAACGAGGGUUUGAUUGAUUGUUCAGAAAUUGUCAAAAACUUGUUUCGUGUCGAGCUACUUGUCGGCAGUGUUGUGAAUUCUCAAAUGAAGCGAAAAUGGAGGAAGAAGCUAUAUCUGUGAGUGAUGUUUUGCAUAAUAACGGUGAAAUCGAAUGGCAACCGCUGGCUCUUACUUUAGUUGAGUAUCCAAAAGGAGACUGGCUUGGUAAAUUCUUUGCGUUUAUAAGCCUGUCCCCAUUUGGUAUUGGUGCUGGAUUUGUUGCGCUUAUUUUAUUCCGGCGAGAUCUUCAUACUAUAACAUUUUUCACUGGUACACUGGUAAAUGAAGUGUUGAAUAUAAUUUUGAAGCACAUAGUAUGUGAAGCUAGACCACUCUCGAGAGGAAAUUUAUAUAAUGAAUAUGGGAUGCCCUCAUCACAUGCUCAAUUUGUUUGGUUCUUUAGUAUCUAUGUUUUUUACUUUGUCUUAAUCAGAUUACAUCACAUUAACAACAACAGUAUAAUAUCAGCUCUAUGGAGGGUGAUUAUAGUAGGAGGCUGCAUGUGCCUAGCUCUGCUAGUGAGCAUUGCCAGGGUGUACCUGCACUACCACACCACUUCCCAAGUUGUUGUUGGAGGCAUCGUCGGGUUCAUAUUUGCAACUGUCUGGUUUGCAAUAGUUCACAGAGUUUUCACUCCAUUAUUUCCACAGCUAGUCUCAUUGAAACUAUGUGAAAUGUUGAUGAUCAGAGAUACGACACUGAUACCAAAUGUGCUGUGGUUCGAGUACACCACAUCGCGUCAGGAAGCACGUGCGCGCGGGCGUAAGAUGGCAGCUCUGAAGCCGACACAAUGACGGUGCGCAUGCGCGCGCGCGCCUGGUACCGCGUCGCGGCCGCGCGCGUGACGCCUGGCGGCCGCCGCGGCCCUCGCACUGCUCGGCGGCGUGCUCCUCACGAAAUCUGACCCAGCUCGCUCCCUCAUCCCUUAAUAACGUAGGUACCUCUAACUUACUGGUCCAGGUAGAUGUUCUCUCAUGUUGAUCAUGGUGAAUUUUGGCUUAUAAAAUGUUUAAUGAUAAUGAUGUUGUACUCUAAAUGAUGCAAUAAUAAUUGAUUUUAAUAUUAAUAAUUACUAUAGGUGAUGUGUAGUGUAAAUGUUCCUUUGAAGUUGAUUUGAUGUGUUAAUUAAUUGUACAGUUGAGAAUUUAUAAUACUUGAAGUAGAAUUAGUGAAUGGUUUAUUAUAGUAAGUAUGUGUAUUACUGUUGAUGUGUCAAAACUAGUUAAAUGUGUAAUUGGAAGGCAGUGUUCAGAUUAUGUUGGGGCUGUAUCAGUCCAGCAAUACUACAAGUUGACCAAAAUAAAUAUAGUAAUGUCUACUGGUACUUGGAAGACUCAUACAAGUCUUAUGUGAUGGCAAGAUUUGUGCACAUUAACAGUAGCAUAAAAUUUAUUUACAUUAAAUUGCUAGACCCAUUUGUUGAAUUGAAAGUAUAAUUUUUUAACAGAAUAUACCUAAAUAACUAGAAAGAAGAUUAAAUUAUGAUACAAAAAACCUCAUGGUUUACACGGUUGUGUUAUAUUGUAGGGUUACUUGUAUAAACACUAACCAAAUAGAAGAUGUAAGCAUUAAAAACUUAGGGAUAUUGAGUAUGGUUAAAAUUAUGCUUACAAGAUUUAUAUUGAUGCUGUAAUAUAAAAAAAAUAUAUUGAAAACUCAUUUGUAUAAGACUCAAAGAACAGAUCAAUUGGUUGCAUGAUAACUGUGUAGAGGUAAUAUCGUGCACUAAGAGGAAUAAUAAAAUUACUUCGGUACACCUUGCAAGCAAUUAAUUAAUAACUAUAUGACAAAAAGAGGAUGUCAAAUUGUUUUACUUUGAAACAUUCUUUAGGUUAUCGGUUCACACAUGUGUAUUGCUAGAGAGUUCAUGAAACCUACCUAUAACCUAUUAUAACUUGCUAUGAAAUCCAUAUAACUUGUUAAUUAAUACAGAUUUUAAUAUGCCUAAAUGUUUAUGGUGACAAAAAAAAACUGUUAAAGAUAUUUUUUAAUAAGAUAUUUAUAGAAAGCAGAAAAUUACUGUAUGCAACGUUACUAUACUCAAUCAAAUUAACUUCCAAAUAUUAACUAGGUACGCUUUAUUAGUCGAAUUUUAUUAAAUAAUCCAUUCUCAAAAGAAUAUACUACUUAUAAAUCCUGAUUUCGCGAAUAUACGAAUAUUAAACAAGUACUUCAGGAGUCUUCAGAAUAUCUAUAAAAAUAAUGAAGGUAUUUUUAUACCACACCUAUACAUUGUGGAUAAUGUUUUAUAGAAGCUCCAUAAUUGUCUUUGUAUUUUAUAAUAAUUGAUAGCUUAAGGACUGUGAAGUAAAUUGUUCGCAAGUGGUCGCAUGGGGAAAAUUUCGUAAGUUAAGGCGUACAUAAAUUUUGUACAUCGUCAGAAUACAAGCAUAAGUUCCUCAAUCCGUAAUUGAGGACCCUAAUUCCAUGUUUUGGGUAAUUAAAAACUCAGUAUUUUGAAAGAUUUUCGCAUUUCUAUUCUUGAAGUAAAUAAGACAAAAAUAUCUGUAUGGAAACUAUUCCAUUUGUUCCAUGUAUGUGUUAUGUAAAUGCCUAGUUUAAUAUUAAAUACGCUUAAAUUUGACAUAGGUACACAAUUAUUUACAAUAAAAUAAUAUUUGUACAUGAGAUUAGCUAACCAUCCAGAAACCACUAAAAUUAACAAAUAUGCUUAAUAAAAUAAGUGUGAUUGAAACAAAACAGUGCCUGCUUGCAUGCAAACACAUAUACCGACUGCUCAAUAAAAAUGAAGUGAAUAUACUUAUUAUAUAGAUUAUAAGGUUUAAAUAUAGUACAGAGCUUUCUUCAAAUAGUCGGAAGUGGUUUAUGGGUGGCACCUCGCGUGUGAUAUUCUUUUUCUCAUAAAAAAUAGACUUAUUGUAUUUUUGUAAUACGGUAGCGAUUUAUUGUCAUUUAUAGUCAUUACUAGAGAAUUGGUAAUUGAAGAUAGUGUCGAUAGAAUAAAUAGAUGGUGACGGUCAGUGGAGACUUUCGGGUGCUGGGGUGCGAUCACUCAGACCUUUUACGUGUUUUAAACUUUUUGAAUUUCAUACCUUAGCGAAAGUUUAGACUAGUAAAAGUAGUUUCGCUGGAGGUCUGAUCAUGUAAUGUAUGCGGAGUUCAGUUUUCGGGUUAGAGUAACUAAGUUAAAAAAUGAUUUCUGUGACAAAUCGAGUCGAGUGGAAAUCCGAUUUGAGUUCUUUCAAUAAACGCCUGGCUACGUCGCACCCCAGCGAAAGUCUUUAGGGUCAGCGGUAAGGAAAUAGCAUUUAUAAUAGCGCGUGUAGACGGUUAACUUAAAAAUAAAUUCUAAAAACAUUAAUAGCAAUAGAUUUUAUAGCCUUAUUAUAUACAAUAUACAAUAAAAAACUUAUAUCGUCAUUAUAUCUUGUUACUAUUUAAAGAUAGUCAUCUCAUAAUGUCAGAUCGUUUUCAUAUGUCAGGAAAUGCAGUCUAGCAGUAAUUGGUAAAUUUAAUUUGUAGGGUAGUUAAUGCGAGUGAAGAUAAAGAUAUUAUUGUAUGUUAUAAUUCUAUUUAUCUGCUUAAUAUUCUUCUAAAAUGUAUAAGUAAUUAUGUAUGUAUAUAUUUAUUAAUUAAUUUAACUUGGGCCUGUUUGUGAGAGUCAGUCGGAGUGUAUCGGGGUUACAACAUCUUAGUAUGGAUAUUUAUGUGAGUAGUUUUAGAAAGCAGCUACCGAAUAGCAUGUUUAGCACACUCCGAUUGGUUUUUAUAUCUGCAGCCCGGAGUCGUGAGUCCGUGACGUGAAACUGUAUGUUCAUGCAAUAGUAAUGUAAAUAGAAAAUUUAUUACUAACGGAAUCGAUCAGUAUGGUAUGUAUUUUUAAUAAAUAAUGUUUUUUGCUCAUGUGUUCGUAGAGUUUAAGAAUAUUUUCUUUAAAUACUUAUUUUAAAUGCUAGUGAUAUUUUAUAAAUAGCUAUUUUUUUAAUCUCAUUAUGCAGCUACAAGUUUGCGUUAUGAAAAUGUUUAUUGGGCGGCUUGCGUCACCUUUUGCAGAAAUUAAUGCAACUCAUUUUCAGCUGUUUAACAAUUCCAUACUUUAUACGUGGAAAUAUGUUUGUCUUGACUCAAACUGUGGCCAUGAGAAACAUGAAUAAGUACCGCAACAGAUUUAUAAAUGGGGAAAUACUUCUUGCUGCUCCGAUUAGCGCUGCAUCCAUUGCAUUUUUCUAUUCUAAGCAUAUUAUUUAUGCUUGCAAUACUUCAUUUUGUUAUUCGCUUUUGUCAAUAAAAUAUGUAUAUAGAAGCCAGAUUUAUAACAAUUGGUCACACAAUAUGGGUCUAUUGGUAUUAAGACAAAUUUAUUGCCACAAUUCGACUUUUCUCAUAAGAAUACUUAACUUUAUUCACGAAUUUAUGCUGGAUAGAUAUUUAAAUACUACUCUACUGGUACAUAGUUUGAAAAGUUAUUGCAUUCUAUAAGAUUGUUCAUACGAUUUGUUAUAUGUCAUGUACAAUAUUAAGGAGAAAUGUUUUGUAUGUACUUAGUGAACCAAUUUAACGUGUCUAAGAAUAGAUGUUUAUUUGCUAGGAUGAGAACACUCCUCAGUAUUGUAUCCAUAUCUUGUUCAUUGUAAAAAUUGUACUUACAGCCUAUUUUCAGUACUCAUGCACUCUGAAAGCGCGAUACGAGCAUUCAGUUAAGUCAUUUCGUAUCUAGGUAAGGAAAAAGUGUCAGUACAAAGACAAUAGCUAUUGUUAUAUUCAAUUAUAUGCUUUUUAACGAAGCUCAAUCGUUGUAGCUUUUGGUCGGCUCACCAGCCAACCAGUUACAGUAUCUGUAUUGAAUUAAUCUUUAUUUUCUUUACCUGUAUACCAAAUUACUUGGUUGACUAUACGUACGUCGCGGCUACAACGUGGCCUUAAAAUUACUGUGAUGCAGUUAAUUGUACAUUAUACAUAAUUAUAUAAAUGUACGCAAUCAAAUCAUUGCUGAAGUGUGUUUUCAUCCAAUCAUUCAUAAUAGAAGAUAUAUUCAGUUUAUUCUUUAAAUAAAACAAAUGUUUAGAUGUAUAAUAUUACGCUUUUAAAUUGUUAUUUUUUGUAUAUAAAUCGUUUGAAUUUCAUUACUUUGUACUUGCUUCUGUUUCUAAUCUUCAUAGCUGCAAAAAUAUCAUGUUGAAAUGAAGUAUAAGUAAUAUAUUUGUUGUUU